AUGGCCUCCAGACUCUCACCCCUCCUCUUCAGAUCAGCCCUCCGCUCGGCAACGUGUCGAGCGGCGAGGCCCCAGUUCCGCGCCUUCUCCCUCACAGCCGUCCGCCCCAGCGACACACUCCAAGUGCACCGCGACUCCCCGAAGAACAACACCGACAUCCCCUUCAAGUUCACCAAGGAGAACGAGGCCGUCAUCGAUGAAAUCCUCAAGCGCUACCCGCCGCAGUACAAGAAGGCUGCCGUCAUGCCUAUCCUCGAUCUCGGUCAGCGCCAGCACGGCUUCACCAGCAUCAGCGUCAUGAACGAGGUCGCCCGCCUCCUGGAGAUGCCCCCCCAGCGCGUCUACGAAGUCGCCUCUUUCUACACCAUGUACAACCGCACCCCCGUUGGAAAGUACUUCAUUCAGGCCUGCACAACCGUGAGUCCAACCCUUGUUACGAAACACACACGGUCCUUCGAAACGUCUUUUCUCCGAGAAUCCCGUAGCCGAGCCAUAGUCGGGAAGCGACUUCCUCUUGAUAUCACAGGGCUACGGAACGAGAAUCCGAAUGACCCCUGCCAGCUUGGCGGUGUCGGCUCCGACGUGAUCGUUAAGGCCAUCAUCGACCACCUCGGCAUCAAGCAGGGCGAGACCACCAAGGACGGCCUCUUUACCCUCCUCGAGGUCGAGUGCCUCGGUGCCUGUGUCAAUGCCCCCAUGGUCCAGAUCAACGACGACUACUACGAGGAUCUCACCCCCGAGACCACUGUCCAGCUCCUCGAUGCCCUCAAGGCCACCGCGACCGCUACCGGCGGCGGCGCCGCUGCCCAGGUCCCCAAGCCCGGCCCUAUCAACAGCGGCCGCCAAACCUGCGAAAACAGCAAGGGCCUGACAAACCUCACCUCCGAGCCGUGGGGCCCCGAGGUGACGCGGAGCGACUUGUAA